CCGGUGAAGCGAGCUGCUUCUACUGUGCCAGAAGCUGCAUUUGGUCUAGGAGCAACCAGCGGUCGGUGUUGCUACGGCAGAGCGUUUGCUUUGGCGCGAGUAGCGACUGCUAUUUUUGCAUGCAGUCUCUAGCUGUUGCGAUUCAGUUAUUGAACUCAGAUUUUCGGUUUUGAAGCCCAUAUCAAACCCUAAUUCAAGAAAAUAUAAAUGAAAUCAAGUGCUGAUGGCAUUCAAAUAUGUUUCUAUUUAUUAUCAAUAUGUUACCUAAUUGUAACUGAGAUGGACUCUAAUUCUGAUGAAGAGUCAGACAUUAGUGAAUCUGAAAUUGACGAGUACAAGGACAAGCCAUAUGAACAGCUAAGGAGUGGAAAAUACAAAGUUAAACAUAUAAAUGGUGCAUUGAGAUGCCCCUUCUGUGCUGGGAAGAAGAAACAAGAUUACAAGUAUAAGGAAUUGUUUCAGCAUGCUUCAGGAGUAGGUAAAGGAUCUGCUAACAGAAGUGCAAAACAAAAGGCAAACCAUCUUGCAUUGGCGAAGUAUUUGGAGACUGAUCUAGGUGCUGAAGCAGAUCAAGCUCCGCCGCCAGUUGUUUCAGAACCUGUCAAAAAAACUCCGGGGCAAGAAGAUCUCUAUGUAUGGCCCUGGAUGGGAAUAAUAGUCAACAUAGUGACUGACUCAAAGGAUGGGGAUGCUUUGUUUGAUGGUGGAUAUUGGUUGAAACGGUUUGCCCAAUAUAAGCCUUUAGAAGUUCGUACUUUCUGGAGUGAACCAGACCAUACCGCACAAGCUGUGGUGAAAUUCAACAAUGAUUGGAAUGGUUUCAUGAAUGCAACUGAGUUUGAUAAAGCAUUCGAAGCUGAGCGUCACAGCAAAAGGGAAUGGAAUGAGCAGAAAAUGAAUCUUGGCUCUCAUAUAUAUGGCUGGUGUGCACGUGCUGAUGAUCAUAAUUCUAUCGGGCCAAUCGGGGAUUACCUGCGCGCUGAAGGAAAACUAAGAACAAUAGCUGACCUUGUCCAUGAAGCAGCCCAAAAUAGAAAUAAUGUGGUGGCGGAUCUGACUGAUAAAAUUAGCUUGACAAAUGAAAACCUGAAUGAGUUAGAGUACAAGUACAAUGAGAAGACUAUGUCUUUGAGUAGGAUGCUUGAAGAGAAAGACAAGCUGCACAAUGAUUUUGUUGAAGAGACAAGGAAGAUGCAGCGAACUGCACGUGAAAAUGUUCGAAGGAUCUUGGAAGAACAGGAAAAACUGAAUUAUGAAUUGGAUGCUAAGAAAAAGCAACUGGAUUACUGGAGCAAUGAAUUGAACAAACGUGAAGCUUUAACAGAACGGGAAAAGCAAAAGCUUGACGAGGAGAUAAAAAAGAAUGAUAGUAGGAACAGUUCACUUCAGUUGGCAUCCGUGGAGCAGAGAAGGGCUGAUGAGAAUGUCUUAAGACUUGUUGAAGAGCAAAAGAGAGAGAAAGAAGAGGCCCUCAAAAAGAUACUUCAGUUGGAAAAGCAGCUGGAUUCUAAACAUAAGUUGGAAAUGGAAAUUCAAGAGUUAAAAGGGAAGUUACAGGUGAUGAAGUGCCUUGAAGAAGAUGAUGUUGCCGUUCAGGAGAAGGUGAAACAGAUGAAUGAAGAUUUGGAGGAGAAAAUUGAAAAUCUCAAUGAGAUGGAGGAUCUGAACAAAACUCUAUUGUUAAAAGAGCGCCAGAGCAAUGAUGAGCUUCAAGAAGCUCGUAAAGAGCUAAUAUCGGGUUUGAGUGAGAUGCUGAGUGCACGCACUAACAUUGGAAUAAAGAGAAUGGGAGAAAUUGAUUCAAAGCCGUUUCAGAACAAAUGCAAGGAGAGAUUUUCUGCUGAGGAAGCACCGUUGCAGGCAUCCACUGUUUGCUCUUUGUGGCAGGAAAAUUUGAAGAAUCCAGGAUGGCAUCCUUUUAAAAUAAUAAAUACUGAAAAAAAACCCCAGGAAAUAAUUGAUGAAGAAGAUGAAAAGCUACGGAAUCUCAAGGAGGAAUGGGGAUCUGAAAUCUACAUGGCAGUUGUAACUGCUUUGAAGGAACUAAAUGAGUAUAAUCCAAGCGGGAGAUACGUGAUUUCUGAGCUCUGGAACUACAAGGAAGGAAGAAAAGCCACAUUGAAGGAAGUCAUCAGUUACAUCUUGAAAAAUAUUAAGUCACUUAAGCGCAAGAGGACUUAAGGUGCUGCAGAAAGAGGAACAUCAAGUUUGAAGAGGAAGCAGAGUGACCUUUGAAGUGGCGUAGUAUUCAGGACCUUAAUUCCUUUGAGCUUCUAUCUUAUGCUGCUAGAUAGCUUGAUAUGAUUUAUGGUUAUAAACCUGCUAUCUUAAUAUCGCAUGGAGUACAAACCUUGUUAACUCUAUCCCAUAUCAACUGUAAUCCUUUUAUUGGGAAGAUCUCUUUGUGACAAACACUUGCAUAAUUGCAUGUACUUCAUGCUCAUUUGUCUCGAAA